AUGGAGGGACUGCUUGGUAUACGAGAAUCUCUAUCGACACUAAUAUCAAGGAAGUUCCGGGAAGCCUACAAAAACAAGGACAUCAUCUUUUCAGACACGUCUCUUGCGAUUGUCCAAACCCAGAAUGGAAUCCCUGUUGGUCCCAAUCCUUUCAUUCCAUACAAUUUCCUGUUCCAGCUUCGAUAUUGCCCAGCAUUAGCAAAAAAGCCGACAUCCACGCCGACAUCCAAACCACAAGGAGGCUCGUCAGACACACACAAAAUGGAGAGAGAAGACUCGAAAACCGAAAAGCCAAAAUUCAACCCAUUUGCCAAUCCUGCACCUGAGCUUCUCAUCGCGCAAGUCCCCAGAGGCAACGACAAUAUAAAAUAUUCGCAUGCCCUGAUUCUCAAUAAAUUCCCAGUAAUCAAAAACCACUUCAUUAUUGCAACAAAGUCCAACAAGCCACAAACAGCUGUCCUUGAGGAAGAUGACCUCAGCAUGACCUAUGCGUGCCUUCGCGCCUGGAGUAAUCAGCGACAUGAUCCGGCUCAUUCCAAGCGACUGUUCUCAUUCUUCAACUCUGGAGAACACAGUGGUGCUAGCCAGCCACACCGGCAUUUGCAAUUCCUCCCGGUGGAGGACAUGCUAAGGAAUGAGAAGGAGCACUUCGACCUCCUCAUCGACCACAUGACUGUCCAAGCUCAUCCCGAUCUGCCAUUAUAUCAGGACCCGGCUCUUCCGAUCCUGCACUUCGCAACUCCCCUAGAAGAAGGAAACCUAUCAGCAUCGGCCUUGCAUUCGAAAUACGUAAUGCUGUUAAGGGCCGCCAUCUCGGCGGUUCAACACCCUGGCGAGCCCUUCAACAGCAGCAGCUCGUUCAGUGUCGAAGACAAUAGUGGCAGCGCGGCCGUCAGUUAUAAUCUGGCAAUGACGACGGAGAGGAUGGCGAUCUGCCCGCGACGCAAAGAGGGUGCCGGCAUACUACGGGGUGCCAGUGCCAGUGGCCCCGAUAGCUUCGUCGCCAUCAAUGGGACCAUCCUGGGAGGCACGCUGAUGGUCAAAGACGAGGCGGAGUGGGAUCUUCUCAGACAAGAUCCGUCGGUCCUCGAGGAUCUCCUAGCUGAGUUGGGAUACCCGUUGUUAUCUUGGCUGAGUCUGGAGCCCACUGUCACCGACGCGCGAAUGUGA